AGAGAAUGGUGACUGUUGGGACACUGAGAGAAAAACCUAUCCAGACAUGUUCACCUGAUGAGAAAGUCAGGAAUAAGAGCCUCAGCAGGGAAAGGGAGACAUGAGGACCCAUGAAGGACAAGAGGCUAACAGGGAACACGGAUGGAAAAACAGAUGUGAAGUCCCUCAUGGCAAAGUUCAACACAGGGACUAACCCGACAGAGGAGGUCUCCGUCAACAGCAGGCCCUUCAAAGUUGCAGGACAAAAUGCGCCUUCGGGAAUACAAGCAAGAAAGAAUUUAUUUGACAACCAAGGAAAUGCCAGUCCUCCCGCAGGACCCAGCAACACGCCUAAAUUUGGGACCUCAAAACCACCCUUGGCAGCGAAACCUACCUAUGAGGAUAAGUCUGACAAGGAUCCCAAACCUCCGUUUUUAAAACCUAGUGGAGUGAACCAAAGAUUUGGAACACAGCCAACUUCGGUUUCUAGAGACCCUGAGGUCAAAGCGGGGUUUCUGAAACCUGUAAGCCCCAAACCCACCAACUUGACUAAAGAAGAUCCCAAACCGGCGUUUUUACGGCCUUCUGGGAACAAGCUGCACAAUUUGAACCAAGAGUCUGACUUAAAGACUCCAGGACCAAAGCCAGGGCCUACUCCCCCAAUCCCCGAAAACGAUCUAAAGCCAGGGUUCUCAAAGGUGGCUGGAGCUAAGAGCAAGUUCAUGCCAGCCACACAAGAUGCUGACUCCAAACCCCGAUUUCCCAGACACACUUUUGGCCAGAAGCCAUCCCUGAGUACAGAGGACUCCCAAGAAGAAGAGAGUACCUCUAAGAAUGUGGCUGUCCAGAAAGGAUCCCCAGUGCCACUAGGGGCUAAGGGCAAGGGUGGCCCUUUCAAACCAGGUAGGGAAGACACAGAGGAUAAAGACAAUGGACCGUCAAGUUCGCCCUUUGCUGGAGUGGUUCUGAAACCUGCUGCAAGCAGAGGGAGCCCAGGGCUCGCCAGGAACUUGGAAGAAAAAAAAGAAGAGCGGAAAACAGAUGUUACAAAGAACAUCUUUCUGAGUAAAAUCAAUCAGGAAGAGCCAGCCAGAUUCCCCAAGGCCCCUUCCAAGGUGACAGCGGGGACACCAUGGGGCCAAAGUCAGGAGAGGGACAAAGGAGACAAGAAUUCAGCAACUCCCAAGCAGAAGCCUCUGCCUCCCUUGUCUGUCUUGGGUCUGCCUCCACCCAAGCCCAGCAGACCACCCAACGUUGACCUGACCAGAUUCCGAAAAGCUGACACAGCCAACAGUACCAGCAAAAGCCAGACGCCUUACUCAACAACUUCCCUACCACCACCUCCAGCAACCCAUCCAGGCAGCCUGCCACCACCUCCAAUGUCCCAUCCAGCCAUCCAGCCACCACUACCAGCGUCUCACCCAACACAACCUCCAGUGCCAAGCCUACCCCCCAGAAACAUUAAGCCUCCCCUUGAUCUGAAAAAUACUAUAAAUGAAGAAAAUCAAGAUGGCAUCAUGCACUCUGAUGGUCCUGGAAUUCUAGAAGAGGAACAAGAGAGUGAAGGAGAAACAUACGAAGACAUAGAAUCAUCCAGAGAACGAGACAAGAAACGGGAAAAGGAGGAAAAGAAGAGGUUAGAGCUAGAACGGAAGGAACAGAAAGAAAAAGAGAAGAAAGAACAAGAACUAAGGAAGAAAUUUAAGCUAACAGGCCCCAUUCAAGUUAUCCAUCAUGCAAAAGCAUGUUGUGAUGUCAAAGGAGGGAAGAAUGAACUGAGCUUCAAGCAAGGGGAAGACAUUGAAAUAAUCCGAAUCACCGACAACCCAGAAGGAAAAUGGCUGGGCAGAACUGCCAGGGGGUCAUAUGGUUACAUUAAAACAACUGCUGUCGAGAUUGACUAUGAUUCUCUGAAACGGAAGCAGAACACUCUCAAUGCUGUUCCAUCGAAACUUGUUGAAGAUGACCAAGAAGUCUAUGAUGAUGUGGCUGAGCAGGAUGCUCCUAACAGCCAUGGUCAGAGUGGAAGCGGAGGUAUGUUCCCACCACCACCAGAUGAUGACAUUUAUGAUGGGAUAGAAGAGGAAGAUGCUGGUGAUGGAUCCAUGCUGCAGGUUGAAGAGAAGACCAGCACGUGGUCCUGGGGGAUUUUGAAGAUGUUAAAGGGAAAAGAUGACAGAAAGAAAAGUAUUCGAGAGAAACCUAAAGUCUCUGAUUCAGACAGUAAUGAAGGUUUAUCUUUCCCUUCUCCUCCCAAAGAACUGGAUGCAGGAGAAGAGGUUUAUGAUGACGUGGAUGCCUCAGACUUCCCUGCUCCACCUGCAGAGAUGAGUCAAGGAAUUAAUAUUGGAAAGGCAAAAACAGAAGAAAAAGAUCCUAAGAAGCUAAAAAAGCAGGAAAAAGAAGAAAAAGAGCUCAGGAAAAAAUUUAAGUAUGAUGGUGAAAUUCGAGUUCUCUAUUCAACGAAAGUUGCUUCCUCCAUAACUUCUAAAAAGUGGGGAGCUAGAGAUCUGCAGAUAAAACCCGGGGAAUCUCUUGAAGUUAUUCAAAACACAGAUGACACCAAAGUUCUCUGCAGGAAUGAGGAAGGCAAAUAUGGUUAUGUCCUUCGGAGUUACCUGGUGGACAAUGAUGGAGAAAUCUAUGAUGACAUUGCAGAUGGUUGCAUCUACGACAAUGACUAGCACUCAGGCUGUCCAUUCUACUGUGUCUGUUAGUAGACAACAUGAAUUUUAAUUGGAAUGAUCUUGGGUAUCAUAGAAAAAAAAUGAAUGUACAAAAUGAAAUUUCAAUCUUUUUAUAAAAUUUUCAAAUUUUAAAUUUGGAAAAUGAACUCUGUUUAAUAUGUCAAAAGAUUAACAGUGAGAUAUAAGAAUUUAUCUCCUUUUUUCUCUUCUCUUUUCUUUUGAGCAGGGGGUUCUUUGUAGUUCUGGCCAUCUUCCUGCCUCAGCCUCCCAAGUGCUAUGAAAACAGACAUGAAGCACCACAUCUGGCUUAAGGAUCCUAUUUUACUUUAGUUAUGCUUAUGAAGAUACUUUGUUUUAAGACCACCAUUAGGGAAUCUCCCCUAUCAUACCCCUUUUUAAAGAAAUAAAGAAAAACAAAGACGUCUUAGAGGAAGAAGAAAGAAGAAUAUAAAGAAGUAGUUUUUAUUUUUAAUUCCACAAGAAGACAACCUAUUGCUCAUGCUAGCAUUACAUCACCUGUUCAAAUUACCUACCCAGAAAAGGCAGAGCUAGCUCCUCUAGUUUCUGAAAGACAAUGUAGCAGCAGAACAUUUGUAUUGAAUUUUCCCCCCUGAACACUGUGAACUCAUAUGUUAAUUAUCCAAUAAACAUGCUUUGUCUUUUGUAUGCACAUUUAAGAUCAACCUGUACAAGAGUCUAAAGCAAGUCUUAUUUUGUGGAUCCAUACACACAUGGUUGAAUUCUCUACUCUGUUUAGAUGCCAUUGUUAACUAGAGAAAUGGAGGGGGAGCACAUGACAAUUGUGAAUGCUGGAAGAAAGAACCUUGAAACUCAUGCUCCUUUUACAGUGACUCCUUACUGUGAAGUCUCUUUUAAAGGUUUUUGUGUUUUGCUAUCAAUUGCCUCUGCAGAACCUAGUGAUGUUUAUAACCACUUUGCUAGAAAGUUGUUCAGUCGAAGGAACACAAGGCAGUAAGUCCCAGUGGUUGGCUUAGGAUGCUCCCCAUUGAGACAUACUCCUCACCACCUCCUCCAGACUGUAAAGCACUGGCUUUUGAAUGCUGAGAACACUAAGCACCACGAACCAAAACACAAUGCCUCAACAUCCAAACAGAUAACAGAUUGGAAGAUGUGUUUUGAAAUUAGUAAAUCCUCCUGCUGGUUUUCUUAUUGACCGUGAUGCAACCUUGGCAAUUUUCAUUACCCUCCCAGUGUCCUUAGAGGAUAGGAUUCAAUUAAGUUUACCCCAACAUUUUCCACUACCCAUUAAUUAAAGCUUUUAUGGUUCCCCCAUCUCAGAUGCACACUUCAGAAUUUUUUUUCUUUUCCAAGGACAUGAACAGCAACCGAGGAACAACAGUCAAGGUUGUCCUCUGGACUCCAUGUGUAUAUGCCCUCACACACAUAGGAACAUAAACACACAUGAAAACCUAUAAAGUAGCUCAAAGCCUUCAAAAGGUUAGAACUGGGGCUUCUAGUAAGUGUUUUGAAAUUUUAAAAAUGUCAGUGUCGUCUAUAGCUCAACUUAGAGGGCACGGGACUCUGAGUCUCCUGGGUUGGAAAUUAUAGCCUUUGAUUAGAAGUACUUUGGUGGCAUUAAUAUCCUUGUGUUCAACUUCUUUUGUCACUAGAUACAAAUUACAUGGCUCAAAAGUGGCUGUAUGUUAACUUUGGAAUCAAAUAUAGAUUAUAUGCUGACUAUAUUUCCAGUAAUUUUCCGUGAUUAAGAAUAACACAAAUUCAAUACAAAUGUUAGGUUUUAAAGAAUCCCAAAUUAGAUCGAGAGACUAUUUCAGCUUUGAUUUAUAUUCAAAGAAAUGGACAGAUACCUAUGAGAGAUUUAUGCAAUAAUUAUUUAAUGUGUAUUUGAAGUGUUAAUUUUAAUAUACUAAAUGUGAUUUUGUUGUAGAUUGUGUGUGAGAUUUUGUCAUGUGGGAAGAACUGCCAAUAAAAUGCCUUUUCAGCAAGUGA